AUGAAAAGUUGUUGGAAUGCAGAUCUUUCACAACGGCCAGAUGCAAAAGGGCUACUUAGUUAUUUUGAUAGUAUUAUUGAAAAACUUAAUAAUAAAGAAAUUGUAAUUCCUGAAAUAGAAUUUGACUUGUCUUCUUUAAAUGAUGAUUAUGCAUCUAAUAGUCAGAAAAGCAAAACGAUUGAUUUUGAAGGCAUUCCUAAACCUAAGAAUGGCAUAAAUAUAGAGCAAUUGGACUCAUCAACUUGUGUCUUGAAUAAUAACGUUUCGAGUCAUAAAUUUUAG